AUGAGUGGAGAAGUAGACGAACCGAUAACUUUCGGCUGUUACUAUGGUGGAUGGUUUGACAUUGUUGACAUAAUGCAUAGAGAGAGAAUGCAGAAAGAGAGAAAGGAUAAUGACAGAGAUGAUGCUGGGAGGAUGCAGACAGGGAAUGAGAGACAAGAGCAUCAGUUUCGUGAAGAAGCAAGAGUUGAAAGAAAUGUGAGGAAUUUUGUUGAUGAAGAGACUGUUGAGUAUGCUACACUUGUGUGGUCAGAUGAUGAUGAAGAUGAGAGACUGGGAUAUUCAAGGUACAAGAAAGGCAGUGGUGAGUUGAAGUUAUCUAUGGGUUUUGAUAGUUUAGAGGCUUUCAAGAAGGCUAUGCAUGGUAGCAUAUGUCUUAAAAAAUGGCUGGAAUGUGAAAUAUAUUCGUUGGGAUCCAGAUAA